AUGAAGCAAGAAAACAUAAAGACGCUAUAUUUACAGAAUCUCCCCAGAAGGCCAGUUAACAAGGAGUCUUUCAUUAGGAAUCUUCUCAAGUGCAUCAACAGAAACAAUAUUUAUGUACUGAACCCAUCAAAGCCAAUACCUGCCUCAAUCGACUUCAAUGAAUAUAAUGAAUUAAAGGAAUCACAGGAUAAGAAUCUCUAUUUGGAUGAAUCACUGGGUCUAAUCUCAAUUUCGCUAUCAAGAUCACUGCGAUUAAGAAAUCAAGGCUUCCUAACCUUCGAGAGCCAUGAACUGGCUCAGAGUUUUAUGGAUCGCUACCAGAACAAUAAAUUGAAAGUAUCUGGAAGAAUAAUCAAUAUUAGUUUUGCUAAGAAGGAGUCGUUUUUAGGCUUGUACUUAGACAACGAACGUGUCUUGCAGAAGGCGUUGCGGACCAAAUAUAGGAAAGAAGAUUUAGAGAACAAUCAACAUAAACUGGAAACUUUAAAGCUAAGAAGGAAACAGAGAAGACUGAGAUCGAAAUUAAGAUCAAAAGGUGUUGAUGAUGAGCAGAUUAAAGCUGCUGUGACAGGUUUAACACAGAAAGUGACGGCCACAAUCAAUGAAAAGAAGCCAGUGCCAUUAGCAUUGAAACAAGAAACAAGACCACCUAAACAAGAUAAUGAAAAACUCGUAGAGCCAAAUUCUAUACUAUUGCUGACAGAUUUGCCAUCUGGGUGUACAUCAGAUCAGAUAAAAGUCAACAUACCGACUAAGGAACUCAAGGAAAUUCGACUGGUAUCAGUUCGGAAUGUGGCAUUUGUCGAGUAUGAAGAUAUUGAAGCUGCAACAGUGGCCUUAAAAGAAAUGGUUCCAAAAUUAACAAAACUUGGCAAUAAUAUCAAGGUUACCUACGCAAAGAAGUAA